AUGAACUCACCACCAAAAAAGCCAUGGCCUUCUGCUAUGUUGCCAAAUACUGUGUUGUUAAUAUCAACAUUAGCUUUUGGAAUGUUGAUCCUAUAUUGUGCUUCAUGUAACAACUUUGGGAAUUCUCUUCCUAGUUUGAGCCGAUUCUCUUUUCUUCAUCGUUUCAAUACAUCUUCAUCAAUUGAUGAACCGGUCCAUGAUGAAUAUUAUGAACUAAGAAAGGUUCUAAAGGCAGCUUCGACAAAGGAGAAUACAGUGAUAUUGACAUAUCUAAAUGAGGCAUGGGCAGCACCAAACUCCAUAUUUGAUAUCUUCCUAGAGAGUUUCAGAAUUGGUAACAAUACAGCCUAUCUUCUUGACCAUCUGUUGGUUGUAUCCGUCGACGUCGUGGCGUAUAAUCGAUGCCAGACAUUAGUCUCCCAUUGUUAUCUUCUCAAGUCUAAUGCAUCAUCAACAAUGGCUCAUCAAGCUAACUUCAUGACACCCCUUUACUUGGAUAUGGUGUGGAGAAGACUUGCCUUCUUGCAAACCAUUUUGACUUUGGAAUAUAACUUCCUUAUCACGGAUACUGAUAUCGUAUGGUUUCGGAAUCCAUUUCCACAUUUUACAUCUGAUUCAGACUUCCAAACUUCAUGUGAUCGAUUCAAUGGCAAACAGUUUGACUUAAAAAAUUUCCCCAAUGUCGGAUUUAUGUUUGUCAGGUCUAAUAAUCGGACUAUCAAAUUCUAUGAUUUCUGGGUAUCCUCAAGACACAAAUAUCCUCAUUUACAUGAGCAAGAUGCUUUUAACAGAAUUAAACAUAACCCUUAUUUCACACAACUUGGAGUCAAAGUAAGAUUUUUGGAUACCAAUCAUUUUAGUGGGUUUUGUUCACCAAGCAGAGAUUUUAACAAGGUAUGUACCAUGCAUGCUAAUUGUUGUGUGGGGUUGGAUAGAAAAAUAGCCGACUUAAGUACUACAUUAGAGAAUUGGAAGAGUUAUAUCUCUGCAAAUCGCACAAAUUUACAACAUUUUAAAUGGAGCGUUCCAAGUAAAUGUCAUAUGUGAUAAUUUUGUACUCGUUUAUUGUUUUCUAUUGACCACAAUUGUACCAUCUUUGUUUUUUUAGUUGUAACGAUUAGACAUAAAGUGUGAGUAAAAAAAUUUCUAAUCGUUACAAUUAAAAAAAACAGAGAUAAUAUUACUUUACAAUAGUUUUGUACUCCUAUAGUCCUACCUAAGAAUAUUUUGGCUUGAAUUCGGUUGUUCAUUCUUGUAAAGCUGAAUAUUAGUGCAAUAAUAAGAACAUAAUUGUUUGUCCAUAUGACACAUGCACAAGAUUCCCCUUUUCUCUGAACAUGGG